GCUUGGUGAACAUCAUAAAGCGGAAGAUGACGCUGACGCCGUGUUGUGAUCGACACUUUAUCCUGGGAGAGUGACUCGUCUCCAAUGAGUAGGAGGACUCAUUCUUGUCUUCUCAACUCUGCUAGCAUGGCGCAUCAACAGCCUGCUUGCUUUGUUUUGAACUCUACAAAGCAUCUGUGGACUCAAGUCCUCACGGGGACGGCUUGCUCCGGCAUGUUGACUCGAUAAUUUGGGUGAAAAUAUGGCUAAGCGGUGAAAUAAAAGGUGUGCCAGCCCGGCCCUGCUGUCAUGGAGGUGGGCAGCCUCCCAGUGGAGUUGUGGAGGGUUAUUUUAGCCUACCUGCCUCUCGCCGACCUGGGCCGCUGCUGCCAGGUAUGUCGCGCCUGGAGGGAGCUGGUCCUCUCCCUGGAUAAUACCCGCUGGAGGCAGCUGUGCCUCGGCAGCCCCGAGUGCCGACACCCCAACUGGCCCAGUCAGCCUAACUUGGAGCCCCCGUCGUGGAGGGAGGCCCUGAAGCAGCACGCCCUGGCCACCCGCACCUGGACUCAAAACGGACCCGAGCACCAGUCGUCCGCCUGCUUGCUUUUAUUUAGGCGCAGGAAAGACCGCAAGGUUUGGCAUGUGGGAGCCGGGUUUGAGUUUGAGACCCUGAGAGGAGCUCUUGGGGUGGCGGGGCCUUAUGAUCGAUUGGUUCUCCAUCCUGGGGUGUAUGAGGAGCAGGCAGAGGUGGCCCUGAAAGUGCCUGUGGAGUUGGUUGGACUGGGCCCACUGGGUGAGGUGGCCGUCCUAGUGUGCCUGGAGCAGCAGUGUCCAACUGCCAGGUUGUGUAAUCUGGUCUUCAUGCCACCUUGGUUCUCCACUGUGGUCUACAAGACAUCAUGGGGUCAUGUCCAACUUGACAACUGUAACUUUGAGGGGGCUCAGCUACAGGUCCGCGGGCCUGGGACUUGCCAGGCUCGCUUUUGCUCCUUCUCAAAGGGCAGCUCAGUGCACUUGCUUGGCGUGGCCCUCAGCUUACUGGACAGCUGUGAUUUCUCAGGCAGUGACACAGCUUCUGUGACUGUGGAAGGUCCGCCGGUGUCUGAAAAGAACUGGGCUUGUAAAUAUAUGGCCGCCCUGGCUAGGACAUUCUCACCGUGUGAGGUUAUUAAAAUCAGCCCCCAUAGACGGAAUUCCACAAGUAGUUCUGAUGCUGCUAUUAAAAAGGAGCAGAUACGUAUAGAGGACUGGCGGAGGGAAGACGAAGUGGAAGCAGCAGGGCAGGGAACAGUGAUCAACAAUUGCUGGAGCGAUGGUGAAGAGGAGGGGAGCAAGGAUGGAGAAAGAACUAAAAACCUAUUAACACUGGAUUACAAAAUCCCAUAUGACAACCAUGGCCUGUCCCACUUACUGAAGGCACGUCCAGAUGGCUCCUUGCCAUCAGCCUCCUCCCCAAAUCCCCCAUGUGCGAAUCCGGAACCCCUCACUAUUCAGCAGGAACUUGAGCGGGACCCCGAGGCUCAGAUGUUUGUGUCGUCCACUCUCGGCUGCAUCGUCCGGCGUUGUCUCUUCAGGGAGGGAAAGGGAGGAGUCCAUUUGUCUAAUUAUGGACAAGCUCGACUGGAGGACAAUGUUUUCCGCUGUCUGAACUAUGGGGUUAGAUGCAUCCAGAACUCUAUAAUAGUGAUGCGGCGGAACGAGGUGUGCGAGUGCCGAGCAUCAGGUGUGUUCCUGCGUCUGUCGGCUCAGGGACUCAUCGCUGAAAACGACAUCCACUCAAACGGGGAGGCUGGGGUGGACAUCAGGAAAGGCGCCAACCCCAUCAUUGUGUGUAACAGAAUACACAGUGGCUUGCGCUCUGGUGUUGUUGUGCUUGGCAAUGGAAAGGGCUCACUUCGAAGCAACCGGAUCUAUAACAACAAAGAAGCCGGCGUGUACAUCCUCUUCAGUGGGAAUCCUGUUGUCUGCGGGAAUCACAUCUUCCAAGGGCAGGCAGCAGGGAUCGCUAUAAAUGAGAACGGCAGAGGGUUGAUAACAGAGAAUGUCAUCAAGGAGAAUCAGUGGGGAGGUGUGGACAUCCGUAGAGAAGGUGACCCGAUCUUGAGGAACAACUACAUCUGUCAGGGCUACUCUGAUGGCAUUGUUGUGGGAGAGAGAGGCCGUGGACUCAUUGAGGGAAACCAUGUCUACUGUAACAAAGGUUGCGGUGUGUGGGUUAUGUCAUCCAGCCUCCCGCAGCUCAUUGGAAACUACAUCACCCACAACUGCAUGUACGGCCUGGCCGUGUUCUGCAGGAAGGACCCGGAGAACAUCGAGGUUAGGGAUGGGAACUGGCCAGGGCACGAAGGGAUCGGUGGAGACGAUAGCGGUGACAGGAGGGGCGUAGUAGAGGAAGAUGGCAGGGAAGAGCAGGAAAACCUACAUGAGGAGGGGGAGCUCUUUGCGUGGGACAGCGAUCUGGACAGCGAGGACGAGCGUCACUCGGCACACCGCUCUAUCAGUGUGGCCCUGGUGGAGAGCAACUGUAUGAGCUUCAAUGGAGCUGUUGGGCUCUAUGUGAAAACCAGUGAGCCACUCAACAUUUUUGGCAACCUUGUAAACCAUAACCGGGGAGUCGGCAUUGCCGUGCUGCAAAGCAGUCAGCUAACCCGCCUGAUGACCAACUGCAUUCUUGAAAAUAUCAGAGGGGGCGUUACGGUGGACAAAGACUGCCGCGCGGAGCUCCGAGGUAACGGUAUAUAUGAAAACAACGGCCACGGGGUCAGCUUCACUGGAACUGGGCAGAUGCUGGAGAAUGAUGUAGUUGGAAACAGCGGAUAUGGGAUCCAAGUGUCUGGAAGCGGUGACGUCAAGGUGCUUCACAACCGUGUCCAGCCAGCACUGGGUUGUGGUAUUGCUGUGCUGGGAUCAGUAAAAGCAGUGGUCUCUGAUAACCAGCUGUUCCAGGGUCACCCAGAAAGCCAAAAAGGUCUUUUACACCUGAACCCUGGCAACAAGAGUUGUGUGUUACGCAACAACAGUAUUUUAAGACAUAAUAGCAGUUGUACCUCUGUCCCUACAUGGAUUCUGGAUAACCCACCCCCUCGACCACUGUGCAGUUCACCUUCAGGACUAUCCUCCUCCCAAUAUCCCUCCCGACUGGGAAUCUCUAUGACGACCAGGAUCAGCGCCACGGUGGAGAAUGGUUGCCACAGUGGCAGCAUGUUCUGCUCCAUCCUGUGAUAAGCACUUAAUGAUGAACCUUUACAGCGACUUUGCCAAGAGUGAACAUAGACGUCUCACUGCCCUCAACAUGCCUCAAAGAAAGAUUUGUAAAAUUGCACCUCCAAUGUCAAGCACAAAGACUGGAUUCUGGUUUCUCUCAUUUUAAAACACAUUUUCAAUAUAAAAUAAAAUGAAGUGAAUCAAUCUGUUCCAGUCUCAAACUUUUAUAGAACCUUGGUUUACUCUACAGGUCGUAAGUAACAUUUUAACAUUCUGUUGUAAAUGUGCAAAGAAGUUAAUCACUAAAAUAAUGCAGUGUGAUACUGUUACCUAGUAGAAUUUUAUAGAUACUGCAGGAAUUAAUAAUUGUAUGUUACUGUAUAUUUAUCCUGCAUUCAUCAUCAGCUCCGAGACUGAGCAGCUAGACACUUUACAAUGUCACAGUAAAGGCUUCAUUAUGCUACCAGUGCUUCUCAAUAGCGGGGCGGGUUCCCCCUGAGGGGGGACAGUGAACUGUCGGGGUGUGUGAGAGGCAAGGAGGACUUUCACUAUUUGCGCAGACCUACCAACAUGUAUGGAUUUGUCAUACCGAGCAUGCAAUUUGACGUUUGAAUACGCUCGUAUGUUUCACUGCUCUCCAUUUUGUUACAUUUCGCUGGUUUCACUUUUGAGUUCUGUCUGUACAGUACAGACAUGUAGAUAUCAGUUUCUCAAUAGUAUUUCAAAUCGGGAGGGGGGGCGCAAAAAGAUUUCUCUCCAGAAGCACUGUGAUACAGUGUAGCUGUAUUUUCGGCAAUUUCCUUUCAUGACUUGUUGGACAUCUUAGCUUUUUAUUGGAGGUGCACGUUAAGCUCUGAUGGAGGGGCAGGAGUGAGCAGACAUGGUUUAUACGGCUAACAUGACUGUAGCACAGGGCUAGGUAAACUACGGCCUGGGGGCCACAUCUGGCCCACCAGUUGCUUCUAAAGUAUUUCAUUUAAAGUUUUAACAUACAAGAGUCAGUCAAUCUGAGACAACAUUUUCAUUGCUUUCACAUGCAGCCAUCUACCAAGCCAACUACCUCACCCAUGGUGCCAAACAAACUCAAGUCAAACAACUUAACCUACCCACUGCACUGAGACAUAAAAAAGGAGGGACAUUCACAUACUCUUGAAUAGUCCAUGUUUUAUCAUUCAUAGUUGAUGUUGUUAAUUGUAUCACACAUCCUUUAUUCAUGUACAUUCCGCAUGUCUUACUCAGUAAGAAAACACUGUAAAAUUAAAUUUUGUUAUUUGAUGUGUGAUGUGUUUAAAGUGCUACUGAAAAAACGGACACAAGCACAUAUAGCAGAUUGUAUGGCACUUUAACAGAUAAAAUAAGGCAAAUAAUUCCAGGUGGACUGUUGGAAUUAUAAACCAGUGUGCGUGUAUCAAAUACAUAGUCUGGCCCCCCGGACAAUUUUGUGGCCAACAAUUCAAAGUUUGCCCACCCGUGCUGUAGCACAAUGAAGCCUGAAGUUACAGGUAGUUUUUCCAUAUAUUCUGCACUUUCUUGUCGUCAGUGCAUCUUCUUGCGUUUCCGUCUCUCCGCCAACUGAUGGUAUUUGACCAGAGGGAGAACAAGGGAGGCCUGUUUGUGUUUGUCGUGGAGGUCUGCCUCAGUCUCCUUUGUACGGGGCGGCUUUGCCAGGGUCAGCCCCAUCGACUUUGCAACUUCGACUACCCUGCAAUAGCAGACAAUUCGAUGACCACAAUCAAUUGAGUUACAUCAGGUACUCUUUAAGAGUAGCAGUGGUGUAUAGCCGUUUCUUGCUCCUCAUGUAGCCAAAUAA